AUGACUUUCUUCCUCACAUACACCUAUGAGGACCUGCGUUCUGAUGAAGGACAUGCCGUUGAUUCUGAUAUUACCCACGCCUUGGUAUUCUUCGAGGGAUUUUCUUCAUGGGAACCAGAACAAAUAAACAAGCUUCACGGAGGCUUAGAAAAGUUUGCUGAGCAUAUCGUUGAAAUUUUUCUCCUUCCCUUUAGAGCAUCAUCAGUCAAGACACCACAACCAACGCCCACGUGGUUAUCUUCGCUGCAGAGCUCAACACCGACCGGCACGAGGCAGCGUGUAUCUGUUUUACGACAGAAAUGUCUUAUGCGCGACCGCCACCGCUGUGUAGUGUCUCGGAAAUUCGAUAGAGCAGCAGCCAGAAAGCGUUUCGAGGAGAAUGCGGAAUCUUGUGCUGAUGAUGACGGGAACCCAUUGAAGGAUGAGCCCAGUGAUCAAUUUCAAUACUUGGAGGUUGCCCACAUUCUCCCUCAUUGUCUGACGACGGUAGCUUCUGGUGAAACCGAUUUGAGCGAUCCAAAGAAAAAUGCUCUCCGGAUCUUGGACAUUCCCAUGAACGCCCUCACUCUAACGCUGAACUACCACCGGCUAUUCGGCGAAUUCAAGAUAUAUUUCGAACCCACUGGCACACGACACAAGUACAGGAUUGACUCGACAGAACGCAGUCCUUUCUUACGUAACCCCUCGUUUCCCGUCACACGAUCGCUUACCCUAAGUCCUCAUCGCACGGUAGAUCCGCCAUCCCCCCGGCUUCUUGAUGUCCACCGCGCCAUCGCACUUAUUAUGAAACUUAGCGGCGCUGGCGAAUAUACUGAGCGGGUUCUUCGUGAUAUGGAGGAGCUAGAUGUCAGAGAAGAUGGAUCGACACAUUUGGGAUAUCUUACAGGCUUACGACUUGGCGGGUGGUUAGAUAUUCUAUCAGUGCAUUAG